AGAAGCUUCUUGGUGGCUGCGCGAGGACAGCGAGGUUCCUGCCGUGCCAGCCAUGGACAACGCUCCUCAGGCGAUCAGCCUGCUGGGCUGCCACAUCUUCCGCAACCUGUUCGUCCAGUGCCCCAACGACAACGUGCUAGUGUCGCCGCACGCCGCCAUGAUCGUGGUGUCGCUGCUCAUGGCGGGAGCCCAGCGCACGACCGAGCGCGAGAUGGCCGAGGCACUCAAGGUGAAGCUGCCGCAGUUCCACACGUCCAUGCGGCGCAUCCUGGUGUUCGCGCCGUUUGGCAACUCGCCGGCGCCGGAGGACGAGGACACCGCUUUCAGGAUGGCCAACCGCAUCCUCGUCAACAGCAACCUUCCGCUGAGCGACUCGUUCCGCAAGAUCGGCCAGCGCGUCUAUCGCACGCUGGUGUCGCCGGCCAACCUGGCGCGCCGCAGCGCCGAAGAACGCCGGCUCGUCAACACCUGGGCCGAGGCCAUCACGGGCAUCAAGCAGGUGAUCCCUCCAGACUGCCCCCUGGACGGCGACAGCCGCAUCGUGCUCCUGAGCUCGGCCACACUGGACACGCUGUGGAAGUUGCCCUUCCCCAAGAUGCCGACGAUGCGGCGUCCAUUCGGCAGCUGGACGGCCGUGCCGACGAUGGGACAGACGGCCGUGGUUGGCUACGCCUGCAUCCAGGAGCUGGGCCUGCGCGCCGUCGAGCUGCCUUUCUCGAGCGACGCCUACUCGGCCACCAUCAUUCUGCCAACGGGAAAGUUCGACGAGCUCUGCGUCAAUCUUACGCCCGAGGUGCUGAACCGCGUGUUCGAGGCAGUCAAGGAGCGCCAGAAGGUGAAGAUUGAGUUGCCGCGUUUCUCAGCCACCUUCGAGGCCGAGCUCACUGACGUCUUGCAGAAGCUCGGCAUCCGCGAGGCCUUUACGGACGAGGCCAACUUCAGCGCCUCGUCGAGCUUGUCGGGGGGACUGUCGCUCAGCGUGUCGAGAUGGCGGUAUACCUGGCGCAGAACGGUGACGACGACGACGCCGGUGAGCCUGACAUGGGUACUGCACAAGGUGCAGGUGGGCGUGCACGAGGGCGUCACGCCCACGCUGCCGCAGGAGUGCGAGGAGUCGGCCACCGCUCCCGACGUCGAGUUCCUCGUCAACAAGCCGUUCGUGCUGUGCGUUCGCAAAGGGGACAUCCUCGUGCUGCUCGCCAGCAUACAGAGGGUGCACGUGCCCUGACGUCGAGGGUGAGCGACGUUGAGUGAGCAGAGCUCCUGCAACCGGGUAUGACGGCCCCGCAUAACAUAACCCGAUCCUCCUUGGAAAUCUUGUGCCUAGCGUCAACGCCUGCUGGUGCGGUGUGCUCAGACUUAGUGAAAAUGCUGACGACGUGACAACGUGCGUCAGCAGGUGAACUUGCCUAGCGGACGUUGACAGAAGAGCUCCACAUCACUGGCUUCCUUCAAUCGCACCGGAAGGUUCUUUCCCGCACAUAUUGCUGGAUCGCGUUGGCACGUGAACCCCGUGCGUUUGUAUACUGAGCCACUGUAUAUAAAAGAGAACGUUUAAUUGUCACGUA